AUGCCAUCUCUCAAAGUAUUGAUAUGCGGAGGCGGAUGCGCCGGACCAGCACUCGCCCACUGGCUUGCUCGACUCGGCCAUCGCGUAACCAUAGUCGAGAGAUUCCCAGCCCUGCGCGCAACAGGGGCACAAAUCGACUUUCGUGAACAAGGCAUUGAAACUCUCAAGCGCAUGGGUCUUAUCGACGAAGUUCGCGCAAAGUUGGUCGAUGAAGCAGGCGUGGCUAUUAUCGACUCAAAUGGCAAGGUCGUUGCGACCAUCCUUGCCAAUACAUCAGGCAAAGGCGCGCAGAGUGUGACGUCGGAGUAUGAGAUUAUGAGAGGAGACCUUGUGCGGAUUCUUUACGACGCAACCAAAGAGGAUGUUACGUAUAUUUUCGACAAGACUGUUGAGAGCUUUGAGCAGGAUGAGAAGCAUGUGCUUGCUCACUUCUCUGAUGGCUCGUCGGAUACAUUCGAUCUCCUAGUCGGGGCCGAUGGUCAGGGAUCUAGAAUCAGAAGAGCAAUUGGACCACCAGAUGCCCCAGAUCCCUAUCGGAAACUAGGUCUUCACAUGGCGUAUUAUUUCAUUCCGCGCAUGGAAGGGGAUAGCAACAUCCGCAGGACAUAUUCAGGCGCCGAAGGACGCAUGAUCUUUCGUCGGACUCACAAUUCAACCGAGACCCAAGUUUAUCUCAUCCUGAAAGACGAUUCUCCUGAGAUAUCUAGCAUACACAGGGGCUCGGUGGAGCAGCAAAAGGAGUUCUGGACACGACGCUUUCGCACCGCGGGGUGGCAGACAGAUCGAUUCUUGGAAGGAAUGAAGACAGCUGAAAACUUCUACUCUCAAGAGGUUGUACAAGUCCAGACAGAUACAUGGCACAAGGGCCGUGUAGUCGUCCUGGGCGACGCAGCCUACUGCCCAUCUCCGUUUAGUGGGAUGGGGACUACGGCUAGUUUUGUCGGUGCAUAUGUACUGGCUGGUGAAAUAAGCCGAAAUCCGGAUGAUCUGCAGUUGGCGUUUGAAAACUACGAUAAGACACUACGGCCAUUCAUCGAUGAAGUCCAGAAUAUCAAGGUCUCUUUGAUCAAGUUGGCUAUACCAAACAGUCAUUGGGGUGUUGCUGUCCUUCAGUGGAUUGCUUGGCUUAUGUGUCUCCUCCGGAUCCCCUAUCUUGUUUCUAGAUUCUCAAGUGAGGAGAAGGGAGGAUGGUCGUUACCGGACUAUCCUGAGCUGAAGUUGACUGAAUGA